UCAGAAGGAGAGGGCCAAAUAGUAGCUGCAAAGCGGAAAGAAAAUGGCGGCCGUGGCUGCGGAGCCAGGAGCUGCUGCGGCAUCAACAACAGCGGGGGACGGGGUGGACUACGAACCCGAGCCAGGAGAGCAUGUGGUCGACCUAGAGGCCCACUCCGUACCAGAAAUGGAGCUUUGUCACCAACCCGAGGAUGUGGAUGCAGUUCAGGAAUGUAGCCAGGUCCAAAUGGAAAUCAGAAGGCCGGACCUUCAAGCUGCGGGAAAAGCCCUCGCUGCCCAUGCGGUCUGUGAGCGCACCGAGACGGGGGGUUCCUGGGGCCGUUUGGGCACAGUCGAGCAGCCCGUGCUUAUGGACUACAGGUGUACAGACGUUUCUGAUUACGAGGAAUCCUUCUCGCCGAAGGUGGAGACUGCAGGCGAGGUGAGUGCUCUCGAAUCCAGCCCCUGCCUUCUGCUCCCCAGGUCCAUCUCAGACUCCCAGCCCUCUGUGGUCUUCUUGCAUUCCCUUCCCGCUCAGGUUCCGUCGGAGCCUGAAACUGGACUGUCUCUGGCUGUCGAAUAUGACUCCAAUCCCCUGUUAAGCCAUCCUACCGAUCUGGAGUGUGAACUCAUAGGCUUCACGCAGCCGGAGCCCGAACCCGCAAACGAUGCUCACGAGUCGGAACUCAACACUCACGAGGAUGCUUUCCAUGACAUCCCGCACCCCUCAGACCACCUGGACUCUCUGUGCGCUGCAGAGGAGACCUCGCUGGGAGAAUCGGUGGAUCAGAGCUGCAUUAGUGACUUGUCUACUGUUUCCAGUAAGGACUCUGCCGAACUUCCAGCGGUGGUGGAUCAGUCGCUCAUCUCAUCAGCUGAGUCGGAGGAAGUGCGCUCGCAUCCUCCUCAUCAACAGAGUUUCAAAACGGACCUCAGCGAACCCGAAAGGGAGUCGGAGAUGAAAGCCCCGGUUCUGUGUGAGACAGAGCCCGACACGGUUGAGCGCCUGGUGCUCGGGUCCGAGGUUCGAGUCACGCUGGAUCACAUCAUAGACGACGCGCUCGUGGUGUCGUUUCGCUUAGGCGAGAAGAUCUUCUCCGGGGUACUCAUGGACCUUUCGAAAAGGUUUGGACCUUAUGGGAUUCCUAUUACCGUGUUCCCCAAGAGAGAGUAUAAGGACAAACCAGAAUCUAUGCAGCUAAAGGUGGAAGCAUUCCAGUCAGCGACAGAUAAGGGUGUCACUCAAGGACCUAGUGAUGCCCCCAUUAAGGACCCUGCGGAUGCUCCAGAUGCCCCUCUGAAGGACCCUGCUGAGACUCCUUCAGCGCCCCAGCCCUGUCCCAACCCUCAACCUAACCCAUGGACCUCAAAACCACCUCCUUUGUUUCAGGAGGGGGCCCCUUAUCCACCUCCAUUGUUCAUCAGGGACACCUACAACCAGUCGUUACCUCAGCCUCUACCACGCAAAAUCAAGCGGCCCAAGCGUAGGCUGUAUCGAGAGGAGCCCACUUCUAUAAUGAAUGCCAUCAAGCUCCGACCAAGACAAGUUCUGUGUGAUAAAUGUAAAGGGGUUGUGGUGCAAGGGGACAAGCGUGAGACACGCAGAGGCCCCAUUUCAGACUGCCGAAGUGACGAUGCCAAAAGACGUCGUAAUGACAGCGCAACGGCAGCUGCUGGUAAGCGGCCACGUAGUGAUCCACGUUCUGAAGAGAAGGGCCGUAGUACUGAUGGGCCCAAACGGCAGGGUUCGGCUGUACGAGUGUCGUCGGCCACUGCCUCUUCUCUGGGCCAUAGUCAGGUCAAGGGUGCAGCUGCAGGGAACAAAAUGGUGAAGGGGGUGUCUACUACAACAGCUUCCUCUGCCAACUCUCGAGUGCAGCUCAAUGCCAAAAAAGUGCUUCAGAGCAAAAACAUUGACCACUCCAAAGCACGAGAGGUGCUGAAGAUGGCCAAGGCACAGAGAAGACAGAGAGAGUCAGUCACAGGCAGUAGCGGAAACACCAAGGCCAUAACCAGGGCCGCUGCCCUUCAGGAAGCCCACCAAAAGGUCCACUUUACCAGGCGACUGCAACAGAUCAGUGGAGGAGGUCCUAGUUCCAACCCCCUGCCACCUAGGAUGCGCAUCAAGCCCCAAAGGUACCGUAAUGAAGAGAACGAUUCUUCUUCAUGUAAGCUGCCUUGCUUGGAGAAAGUGCCGGGAGGGGGCCAUUUACCGUUGCCUAAACCAGCCGUGCCCCGCUGCACCUCCACACCCUCCUCCUCCUCCUCCUCCUCCUCCUCCUCCUGCUCUGCAAGCAAAGUCGCCACAGCUGUAGAGCCCCAGAGGCCAGACAAAGCAAUCGAGUCCCUGCUCAGCCAGGCCCAUCCCGUGCCCCUCCCAGCCCCGGAAUACAGGGAACCCCAAGCUGAGCCAGAGGAACAGGAGGGGCAGGAGGAAAAGCGGGAGACGCGUGGGAGCAAGGCUGGUAACCUAGUGGUCUACAUGACCCUUAACCCCAGCCUGCCCGACUCCUCUAAUACUUCCAUGUGCAGCAUCGAUAGUGCAGAUGACUUAAAGUCAUCAAACUCUGAGUGUAGCUCUACCGAAACGUUUGAAUUCCCCCCUCCUGGUGAUUUGCGAUCGGCCCCUGCCCCUGGCACAUCCUCCGCUUUUGCCUCUGCCUCUCCCUCUGCUCCUAAGGAUGACAAAAAGUGCAGUAAAUCCCUCAAAGCUGCCGUCUUUUCCAAAAACGUCACGAAGUGCGUUGCCCUGGAUGGCAGGACAAUUUGUGUAGGGGACAUUGUUUGGGCCAAAAUCCUUGGCUUCCCUUGGUGGCCCGCCCGCAUCCUAGCCAUCACAGUGAGUCGCAAAGAUAAUGGGCUCUUAGUCAGGCAGGAGGCCCGGGUAUCUUGGUUUGGGUCACCCACCACUUCCUUCCUGGCCAUUACUCAACUUGCCCCAUUUCUAGAAAACUUCCAGUCUCGCUUUGACAAGAAGAGAAAGGGCCUGUAUCGUAAAGCCAUCACUGAGGCCGCCAAGGCUGCCAAACAGCUCACACCCGAGGUCCGAGCCUUGCUAACUCAGUUUGAGACGUGAGGUUGGUAUGCCUGGGUAAGGUAGGCAAAACAGGCACUCGAGUUGGCCCUGUACCCCUUCUGACACCUCUCAAACUCUGCUGUACCCAGUCAGCUUCCAGAGUGAAAUACAGAAAAAUGUCAGCCAGGCAACCAGGACUAAUUUAUUUUUGUUGAGAAAGCAAGAGAAGGGGAUUGAAUUGAAUAACUGAAAGCAAACAGUUCCCAUGUCAAGUAUCUAGUGUUUGCCCGUAUGUAACCAUAUCUUGUCAUAUCAUCAUACAUUUAUUAUAAGGAAAGCAGAUGACGGAGAUUUCUAGAAAAAGGCUUUAUGGGUUCUUGAGUGGUAACAAUAUUUGUUUUCCUUGAACUUAGUUGUUCUUGGUCAAUGUCUGUUGUUGAAGGACCCUGUAAACAUGAAAAGCAAAUCUUCUCAGAGUGGGAUUUUUGAGCUGGAAUAGCUUUCUCCUGAAGAAUUAGGCAUGUGUGAAAAUGUCUGCUUGAACCCAUUCUCAAAUGGUUACCAAAUAAACGAUGGCCAGUCGACUGCUGCAUAGUCUGGAACCCUAAUUUAGCACAGUUAAUGCUUCCUUUUGGAUGAUCAGAGAAAGUGUUAUAGGUUCACAGUGUCAAGAUCAUUCCUGCUGCAUUUUCUAUCACUACAGUGUUUCUAGAUGUCCAAUCUCCCUUAAGAUUACAUGAAGUCAAGUCUUGGAUUUCACUUAGGCCAUCCUUGAAUUGUUUUCUUUUAAAAUGGAAGUUGUGUAACAAAGUUGACCCUGUUGGGUAGUGCCUCGUUCAGGUAGAAAAAGGGACUUAAUUGGUGCUGAUCUUUCUCAGAUGUUCUGAGACCACUAAUCCGAGUGCAGUGAUCUGAGCAGACGGCUGUUGAUCUGGGAGCGGCUCUUGGCUUUGCAGCCAGUCGUGCUGCUGUUACGGGGGGAGGUGCCUGUAAGCCGAAGUCACCUCAAGUGCCACUGUGAGGAGAGCACAGUGACUCUGUAAAUGCAGAGAGUACACCUCAAACACGGAGAAACCUGCCAGCCUAUCUGUGCGUCCUCCUUCCCCACCCCUCGCAGCUACAACAUCUGCUUCCCAAGCUCAUUCUUCCCUUAAUCUACUUGCCCUGUUCACAGCUUCUUUUUCUUUUCCUCCACUUGUUUUGCUCCCUCCUGCCGUUGUCAUAUGUUUGCAUCUUAGACUGUGUUUAUAUGUCUGAUUAUGGCGAAAAUGUUCAUGUUACUCAGCCAACCCAUUGGCCACCCUGACUUGGUUUUUGCAUGAGUUUGGGAGUGUAUACAUGUUAAAUGGAAUAAUACGCAUUUUUUAAUGGCUCCAUAUGUUUAUCCAAUUUAGGCAUAUCACAUCAAGAAGCAAAUUAUAAGUUUUGAUGUAGCUGCAGUGGAAUGCAAAACUCUAAAAUGAGUUUCAUUAAGUAACUCAAUGAAAACACUUAACUGUGGUGUCCUGCUGCGUAGUGAGAGGCAUUGGAGCACAAGGCAGCAGUUCUCAUACGUGUGAAUAUGUUCGUCAUAAUUAUGUCCCUCUGGCUGGUUUCGUUGUUCAGUGAUUUUGUUCUGAUUCCAGUAUUCAUUCUCUCAUCUGAAAUGUUUUGCUAAGGAUUAUUGUGUUUUGAAUUUAUUUGUUGUGCCUGAACUUUAUUUUCUGCCAUUUCAUUAUUUGAAUAAUAGGGCUGAAGGUCUUGUAUGUAAAGUGUUCAAAAUGUGUUUUGCCUUACUGAAUUGAAGAUGAAUGGCCUGGAUCUUAUUUCAAUGCUGAGAACCAACUAUUUUAUUUGUGUGGAGGAGCAUUAUCUAUUUUUUUUUUUUUAUUUCUUGUCUGUAAUCAUGGUUGUGUCUUUGCAUUGCAUACCCAUUAGCAUCUUAAACUGUCCAGUUAUAUUUACAUAUCUGAGAAGGGACAUACUGUAAGAUACCUUGGUCUUUCCACAUAUGACUUAGCAGGUAGAGAUCGAUGACUUGAGGAAAAAGAAACGAUGCUUGGUAGACCACACUGACUGACUGACGGAGGUUUGUGUAAAGGAGUAAAAACGGUAUUUAUUUUGGUGGUUGGCUUUUUCAUUUCAGCAUCUUAUUCUUUACUUUUAUUUCUAUCUGUUUGCAGGUCAGAGAAUGCUGUAAAACCAUUGAAAAAAAAUUAACAGUUGAAGAUAUUGUGUAUGUUUUCUGAUGUUUUAAGAAUAUAUAAAUAAACUGUGAACUUCAAGAAUUUUACCUAGUUGUCAUUAUUUUUGUAUUUUAUCUUCUUAAUACCACUUCUCACUUCAAAGCAUAUUUGUCUCAUGUGUAGCCUAGUGCACAACCCGGUUUUGGGAAAAGCUGUUUUUCCAUGUUUCUCAAAUGAAAAAUUCACUUGACAUCAUGACAGCCCAACCAAACUAGUGCCUGUCAUCUCACAGUUAACUAAAUGCAUGAAAAAGACACAUUUUCAUACCUGCAAACAGAUGAGAAAACCAUAGGGUAGACUGAACCAAAAUGUGCCAGACUGUAACUACACAUCAUAUAGUAAAU